AUGAGAGUCAAGAAGCCGACAUCGAAGAGGGUGACCACUCGUAUGAGAGAGGGUAUAAAGAAAAAAGCAGCUGCUAAAAGGAGAAAGGACAAAAAAAUAGCCAAGAAGGAUGUCACAUGGAAAUCAAGACACAGAAAAGACCCAGGGAUCCCUGCUAGUUUCCCCUACAAGGAUCAAAUUAUAUCUGAAUUAGAGGAUUCCAGACGGUUGGAAAGAGAACGAAGAGAAGAACUCAAAUUGCAAAAGCAAAAGGAGAGAGAAGAGGCGUUAGCCAGAGGUGAGGAGGUUGGUGAUGACGAAAUGGAGGAUGAGGAAUUGGAAGACGAAGAUGACGGAGCAAAUGGGUUGGCAGCUUUACUAGAGUCUGCUCAAUCUGCUGCAAAAGAGUACAACGGUGAAGCGGAUAACGAUGACAAUGACAUGAUUGACUCUGAUGAGGAUGUGGAGAUCGAGUUGAGUGAAGUUGAAGAUGAUGAAGAGGAUGUGGCAGGUUUGGAAAAGUCUCGUAAAUCGUACGACAAGAUAUUCAAGACUGUUGUCGAAGCAUCAGAUGUAGUUCUAUAUGUCCUUGAUGCCAGGGAUCCUGAAUCCACUAGAUCAAAGAGGGUUGAACAGGCGGUUUUGCAAAAUCCAGGAAAGAGGCUUAUUUUGCUUUUGAAUAAAGUGGAUUUGGUACCAACUGAAGCAUUGAACCAAUGGCUUGACUUUUUGAACUCGUCGUUUCCAACUUUGCCUAUCAAGGCUAGUCCCGGUGCUACAAAUGCUACGUCUUUCAACAAGAAACUAACUGGCGCUAUCACAGCAGACUCAUUGAUGAAAGCGUUGAAAAGCUAUGCCAAUAAGUCGAAUUUAAAAAGAUCAAUUAUCGUCGGUGUUAUUGGUUACCCUAAUGUUGGUAAGUCCUCGAUUAUCAAUGCCCUCACAAAGAGACACAACAACAACUCCAAAGCUUGUCCGGUAGGAAAUCAAGCGGGUGUAACAACAUCAAUGAGAGAAGUCAAGAUUGAUAAUAAGUUGAAAAUUUUAGACUCUCCUGGGAUCGUUUUCCCUGACGAAAUAAUAAACACCAAAAAGCAAUCCAAACAACACCAGAUGGCCAAAUUGGCAUUGUUAUCGGCAAUUCCACCUAAGCUGAUUACUGACCCAGUUGUUGCUGUAAAAUUGCUUUUGAAGAAAUUUUCACAAAAUCCUGAAAUGGCAGAAGGAUUGAAGAAGUAUUAUGAUUUACCACCAUUACCAUCCAACGAUUUGGAGGAAUUUGUCAAACAUUUUUUGAUCCACAUUGCUCGAACAAAGGGGAGAUUGGGUAGAGGAGGUGUGCCUAACUUGGACUCGGCAGCCAUGGCUGUUCUCAAUGAUUGGAGAGAUGGUAGGAUAAUUGGAUGGACUUUACCUAAAGCAUCAAAACAAGCUGCAGCUGAGGCUGAAGUGAAUUUAGAGGGACCAAAGAGUGCAUUACGUGGGGAAAAAGAGCCACCAAAGAUUGAACAAACCACAGUUGUUACAUCAUGGGCAAAGGAAUUCGAUUUAGAUGGAUUAUUGGGAAACUUUGGUUCUGAGUAA